UGCAGCAUUGUUCCUGCAUGCUCAAGUAACAAGGCUUUUGAACCAAACUUCAAGGGUGUUAACCAAUUUCUGUUCUUGACUGCUUCUGCCUGAACUGUCACGGCAAGAACUGUGCAUGGCUUUCUUCUUCUCGAAAGGCCAAAGUUCUACACAGCGAAGCAACAUGUGGAAUAUAUCUGCCCUUGGAUUAUUCUUGGUCUUCGGCUUCUUUUUUCAGGUUUCAGGCUACCCUGAAAUUGGAUUUCUGAGCAAAUUAUCGUCAGAUAUAACUCACACAUCUUCUGGAUGGAAAAAGCUGUCAGGAUGGACGACAACUUUGACAGAUGUCAAAGGCUUGUACAAUUUCGAUGCUGAUUACAUGAGCAAUGGAGAUAUAAGUGUUUAUGUUUCUGGUAUCUUCUUCGUCUCAGUAACUAUUCCAGUUACUAAUGCUGAUACAGGCAAAUUCAGAGCUGCUCUACUAAUCAACGGUAUAACUGUAGAGAAAGAAAUAGGAUUGCAGUGUGAAAUGGAAAAUACAACUGCUGGCACCCAAAUGCUUGGCUUUGCUGGUUUCAUCAGCCUCAGGGCGGGAGAAAAUGUUGCCAUUCAUGCAUACGCAUCGACAGACACCUCUUGGACCAUCAAGUCACAAGCAACUUUGACAUUCCAUUUCUUUGGCAACUAUGGCUCUUCGCCUGCAUUCCUUGUCAAUCCCCAAGCAACUCAGGAUUUGUCAAGUCCGUCUGGGUAUCAUGUUCCUUCCUGGACAAAAGUCGGUCGUGCUGGACUUUUUCAGAGUCUUACUGGACUAUCAGCUACAACUGGCAAAUUCACUGCAGUUUGCUCUGGAGUUAAUAUAUUGGCUGCAAACAUCAUAUUUGAAGGAAAUGCGGGAACUUACAGUGUCGCCACAGUUUUCAAUGGCAAGCAGUCGAUUCUUGGAACAGUGGUUCUUCAAAAGAAAGGGAUUGCAACUCUAAACGUUUAUCAAGCCUUCUUCAUUCCAAAAGCUGCCAGUGUCUACUUAACGGUAACUUCAACCGCAGGCUCUGUUAAAAUUUAUAGUCACAGCACAUGGUCGAUGGCCUUUAUUGGUGGUACAUCCACCAACAUCCCUGAGUUUUCCAGCUUCUUACAGACCACAGUAGAUCAGGCAGGUGGGAGUUGGAAUGAGUUGCCUGGUUUACUUAGGACAAGCGCAACACAGGCGGCUGAUGGGAGCGACACUGGGCAGUUUAUUCAGCCAUCAAAUCUCAAUUUGAUCAGCACGCAGAACUUUGUUAUGACAGAACAAACUGACUUGUAUUUUGCAUUUGUACAUUUGGUGUACUCUGGCAAUGCUACAAACAUAGAAUCAAUGAUAGCUGUCAGUGCAGAUAAAUCCACAUCUACGGGUAAAGAGGGUGUUUACGGAACAUUUACUAAACAAGCUCAGCAAACUGGGUCUAUGUCACUUGGCGGUAUUUUCCAGAUACGUAAGCAGGAGCAUUUGAGUAUUUUUGUAAAAGCAAGCAACUCCGUGAAGAUUCAUAAUACAUCAUUCGUUUCCUUUGUACGGAUGCGCUAUGUUGUCUCUGCUUUUGGUGCCAGAAUACAAACAAAAAUGACCAUCCAAAAAUCCGGCUGGGUUCCACUGACUGGACCCUGGUUGACAGAGACCCGCGGAAAGUUUUCAUAUGGAACAGAUUUCAGCCCUUCGACUGGAAGGUUUACUGCUUCACAACAAGGUGUUUAUAUGAUAUCAGCAAACAUCCAAAUUAAUAAUGGCGAUAAUGCAGAAAUUGCUUUGUUGUUAGUAAAAAACGGGGUUAUUGACGUAAACAAUGGAUUGCAUGUUGUAAAUGGGCAGCCGUCCUCGGCAGCAACGUUGAAUCUGUAUGGAACUAUCAGUGUCAAAACUGGUGAUGUCCUCACAUUAUACGCAUACAAAAGCAGCUCAUCCACCUGGGAGGUUGACGUGGACAGUGGAUAUUCAAUAACGUACAUAGGACCCAACUGGGCAGCAUUAGGGUUUCAUGCGGUCCUUGCUGAAGACAUUCCGGCCUCAAGCGGACAGGUCCAAGUAACCGGAUGGACCACAAAUAGCUCCAGUACCACAAUGACCUACUCAAACACUCAAGGCUUCUCCGCUGCCCAAUUUACAGCUGAACAUGACGCCAUUUACAUUGUAUCAGCAAAUAUCUACUUACAAAAUGUGUCUAUGCCCGGUAGUUCAAAUGGUGAUGCAGAAUUUGAUCUUCAGGGUUACGUCAAUGGAAUUCAAGCAAAUCGGCUAGGUUUGUCUGACAUGAUGCCCUCUCUUGCGAGCAGUACAAGAGACUACUUCACUCUUAGCUUUAGUGGUGGCGUGCGAAUGACAAAAGGCAGCUACUUCUCUAUGUAUGUGACGUCAGGAGACAGCAGCUUCACGAUAUCGAAGAAAAGUGGUUUCUCAGUGGUGAUGGCAUCUCUCUAUUCAAACGAACACAAUGCAGGUUUCAUGGCAUCUAAAAAUGUCGCCUCCUUCUUAGGUGCAAGCUCCGUUAAUGUUUGGACAGGUUUGGUUGAUAUUCAAGACAGUGCCCUGCCUGGUAGAUACACGAUUGGACCUACCCUUACGAAGACACCAGAGGCCUAUUUCUCCGUUUCGGAACCAGGGCUGUACUACGUUUUUGGAAACUUCCGUUUGGAUAAUGCUGGGGGUGGAACUGCUUUCGAAGUUCAUACAGAAAUUGACAGUCAAUCGUCUGUUACAUACGGCAUGUAUUCUAUCGACGGCUCUCCAAAGGGAAGAAAAUACAAUUUGAACUUUGCAGGCACAGUGUACCUGACCUCAGGUCAGGUGAUCAGAGCAAUGGUGCGGACUUCAAAGUCCUCCUUUACCAUCGACAGUGGUUCUAGUUUUGCAAUUGUGAAGCUACAACUUGAUCAACGAUUUCCUGGAAUAGUUGUGGACAAAAUUGAGUCGAUGUAUCAGUCAAACGAAAUACUAAGAUCAUGGGAAGAAACUGGAAAGCCAGGUCUCUUUACCAGCAACAUUGGGUUCAAUGCAUCAUAUGGAACAUACACUCCUCCCUUUGCUGGUGUGUACAUCGCCUCCAUCAACAACUACCUUGCUUCAGUAACUGGCAACAGCAGUGUGUCUUUGAUAACUAUGGACAAUUCGAAUGUUUUCACAGCGUAUGGCUCUGAAGGUUACAAUAGGACCAAGCUUGCUACUUCAGCCUUAUUUUUGAAUAGCAGUCAGGUUUAUCAGCAUCUGCUGAACACUUCAAUUACUGGGAGUUAUCCUAUGCAAGCUGGAUGGUCUCUCUACUUCGUCAACCCAGUGGAUCGUGUCAUUGGUUUUGGUGGGCCACUUGCAAGUGAAUUCACUCUGACCACCGCUAACUCGUGGACAGCUGUUACUGGCUGGAAUGCAAGCGGCUACGCAUCUGGCUUCUCCACAGUAUCACCGUCUCAGCCUGAUUCCUACACUGCAAUUAAGGCUGGCCUACAUUUUGUUAGCUUUGUUCCUAUUUUCAGUCGUAUAGUUUCUGCAUACGACAUACAGGUAGCAAUCUACAUCAAUUCAGAGAUAUCUCUCUAUGCUUCCUACCAGCACAAAAUAAACGAGCAAGUAAAAUCAUUGCCAGUUUCCGGAACACUGAAUCUGAAAGUUGGAGAUGUUGUUUCUUACAGAGUCCAAAGCACUUUGCCAAAUUUGAGACUUACCAGGGAGACCACAAGAUCACUUGUAUUCGUUAAUGACAUCACAUCUAACACUGAAGGUGUUGCUGCACAUUUACCAUCUACGGAAACCGUCUCAGGCACAAAAUUGACGCCAUAUCAGCUAAGGAACUUUGUAACCACGAAGGCAGGAUCAUUUUUACCACAGAAUGAAACAAUGGACGCAUCUGGGGUGCUUAUCAAUUUUCACGCUGGUGUUUUCUUAUAUACAACGAACAUCGUGGUCAAAAACACGCAAAGUGGAGACAGGAGAUUCCACAUGUAUGUAAAGCUGGAUAACCAAACAGAUACCGCCGUAAGCUUACAGUCAAUUGAGACAAUCCCUGGAAACAGUGAAGAAACCUUGUCCUUUUCCAGCAGCAUGUUUUUGCCUCGUUUUUCGAGAGUCCAAACUAUGAUCUCGGCUGAUGACGAUGCUUCAUUUGAAAUUGCUGCUAACAGUACCUUGACGUUUGUUUUAAUCGAUGACAACACAGGCCCAGUUUUGUGCGAAGAUACUGGAUUGAAUUUAGAAGCUCUUAAUCCAGCCUCCCUCAGAAUCAGCACCGAGAAAACUGCAACUUUUACUUGCUCGGUGGUUGGAAACAUUCCGGCCUCUCUGACUUGGUACAAAAAUGGAGUGCUCAUUUCAGGAGCAACCGGCGCCACCCUAACAAUUACUCCAACUUCACUGAGUGAUUCAGGCAAUUAUGCAUGCAGGGCCUCGUAUAGAACUUUGACAGCAACAACUAACAAUGCAACACUGAGCGUUUACGAUCCAACCCCUCAAAUAACUGCUGCCUCACACAGCGUCACGAUUCAAGAGAAUCUGCUCUCUGGGACCUUGGUUCAGUCAUUCAUCGUUUCUGCUGAUAAAUUUGCUAUUGGCCAAAAGGCACUUGUUGCUGCCAGUAUUGUUGCAGGUGAUCCAGAUGGAGAUCUUCAGUUCAGCAGUGCGUCAACAACAAGUGUACGGUUGACAACCACACGACCCCUGGACUACGAAAAGAAGUCAUUCUAUCAACUUUCAAUUACAGCUGUUAACACGGAAGAGGCAGAUGCACGCAAUACCACUAUAACUUUCAAUAUAACCGUUAUUGAUGUUAACGAUAACGGUCCAGUGUUUACUCCAGCAUUGAUUCAACAGCCGGUGCCAGAGGAUCUGGCUGUUGGGAGCCAUGUUAUCACUGUCACAGCGGUUGAUCGCGACUCAGGUGCAUUUGGAAUGGUGAAUUACAGUAUCGUGAGCAAUCUGUCUUCUUCAUACUUUGCAAUCAACAAAACAACUGGGCAGAUUACGCUGCAGAAAGCUCUAGACAGGGAGCAAGAAGACCGCUACAUCAUCAUUGUUCAGGCUCGUGACCCACUCUUUUCUUCUGUGGCUGAAAUUGUGCUGAACGUCACAGAUGUCAAUGAUAACCAACCAAGAUUCAAUCCAAGCUCAUACUCUCUUGACAUUGUAGAAAAUACCCUCGUUAGCAGUUCGUUGGUUCAGGUGUUCGCUUCAGACCCUGAUCUUGGGCUGAACUCAACACUUGUAUACAGCAUCUUAGAUGGGAAUGCUGCAGGACACUUUGCUAUUAACUCCCAAAACGGAGUGAUCACACUGGUUACCGCACUCGACUAUGAAAAGACUAAAACUUUCACACUUCUCAUUGGCCUUCGGGAUAUGGGGAGUCCUCUCCUUCAAUCCAGCAAUAAUGCAACAGUAACCAUCAAUAUUGUUGAUAUAAACGACAACUAUGCACAUUUUGAGAAAUCACUUUACACCGCUUCUCUACCAGAAACUAGCGCUACAUCAACAUUUGUUGUUCAAGUCAAGGCUGUUGACGGUGACGGCACUUCAAAGCACAGUAAUCUUACUUUUAGCAUCAACCAAACGUUGGCCAACAGCACCUUUGCAAUCAACCCAGUAACUGGUGUUAUAACAUUGAAAAGCUCUUUAGAUUACGAGAAAGUUAAAGAAUACCAUUUCUCUGUCAUCGCUACAGACAACGGAACGGUACCUUAUCAACGCCAUACCAAUGUUAUUGUCUAUGUGCAAGAUAUCAAUGACGAGCUGCCAUAUUUCAUGCCUGCCACAUACAAUGUAACGGUGUCUGAAUUCUCCAGACCUGGUGCAAUGGUUUUACACCUGUUUGGCUACGACAACGACACAAAGGCUUUACAAUACACUAUUUCGUCACAAUCCCCAAAAAGCGACUUUCUUAUCGAUUCAUCGUCUGGUUCACUUUAUGUGAAAAAUGGCCUAGACAGGGAGAAUAUAACAUCCUAUACCUUAUCCGUGUCUCUUUCUGAUGGUGCAAAUUCUGCAAGUACUACAGUCAUUAUUAACAUUAGUGACGAGAAUGACAACAGACCAAUAUUCAGCCAAUCCACCUACAUUGUAUCAGUUCCAGAGAACACAACUAUUAGCUCUUUUAUCGUUUCAGUUCAAGCCAGCGAUUUGGACAUCGGCAGCAAUGCAGCAAUUACUUACUCAAUCUUCAAUUCUGGUUUGAAUGAUUCAUCCCUUUUUUUUAGUAUUAAUUCAAGCACUGGCGCUAUAAGUCUUGCUAAACCACUUGAUUAUGAACAAGACAAAGUCCACCAUUUUGUUGUCGUAGCAACUGAUGCUGGAACUGUGCAGCUGCGUGGACAUGCAUCAGUAGAAGUCCGUGUGAUUGAUUCCAAUGACAAUGCUCCGUAUUUUGUUCCCAGUGUUUACUCAGCAACCAUCCCAGAAGCCAUUAACGUGGACAAUGUUGUGAUGAUCUUAACUGCACGUGACAAUGAUACAAGUUCCAGUCAAUUAUCAUAUGAAAUUGUUGGUGGAAAUGUGAAUAAUGACUUUAAGUUGCAUUCGUCAAUGUCGAAUGUUCUUGUUGUAGCCAAGUCUCUAGACUACGAGACUACACAAAUGUACUCUAUAAUUGUGCGGGCUUUUGAUGGCAUGCAUUACUCAACAACAAAUGCAACUAUUAAUGUGAACAUCUCAGACAUCAAUGACAACAACCCAAUCUUCAACCCAUCAUACUAUAGGGUGACAAUACCGGAAAACACAAACAAUUCGUAUGUGUUUUUGCAAGUUUUGGCUACAGAUGCUGACGGUUCAGCUGCAAACAACCGUAUAACAUACACAUCACUUGACAACACGACAGAUUUCAACCUCAAUCAAAACACUGGUGCGAUCACGGUUAACAGUAUUGACUACGAACGAAAGUCCCAAUAUUCAUUGGUUGUCAUUGCUCAAGAUAACGGAAUGCCGUGGAGACAAAACAGGGCUCUGGUUGAUAUAAUCAUCACUGACAUUAAUGACAACGCACCAGUUAUUUCACCGGUUUUAUACAGCAUCAACAUCUCAGAAGCGGCCCUCAUUGGCUUGCAGAUAACAACUAUUAGGGCCAGUGAUGUUGACACUGGAGUUAACGGACAGCUUGUUUACAGCAUCGUUUCUGGAAACAACCUUCAAAGAUUUCAGAUCAACGCCGAUACCGGCGUCAUCUCAAUUAACGGGAGCCUUGAUUAUGAGAGCGCAGAGAAGAACUACACUUUGACCAUAUCUGUUCAAGACAAAGGUGGAUUGAAGGCAGCUUCCAACGCAAUUGUCUUUAUCCGAGUAUUUGAUGUUAACGAUAAUCAGCCUGUAUUCGAUUUGAACGAGUACAGAACAACUAUUCCUGAGAAUACAGCAAUCGACACAUCACUUUUAAGAGUUCAUGCAGCUGACAGAGAUGGAACCACAAUAAACUCUAAUUUGUACUAUCAAAUCGUUUCCGCAACCGAUUCUGGCAACUUCAGCGUCAACUCAACAACUGGUGUGAUUACUUCGAAGCAAAGCUUUGAUUACGAAGCAGUCAGAUCUUACUCAUUCGAAGUCGAAGCACGUGAUACUGGUAGCAAUGUGCUCAAAGGAAGAUGUCUUGUAGUAAUCAAGAUUUCAGAUGUCAAUGAUAAUCAGCCAUCUCCGGAUAUGGCGGUCUACCGGGUCAACAUCUCAGUGGAUAUGAAAAUUGGUGGGCAAGUUUUGACUGUAUUUUCUACGGACAAAGAUAGCGGUAUCAAUGCUCAGCUUCAAUAUUCAAUUGUUGGUGGCGACGCGAGCAACACCUUCUCUAUCAAUAACAAUGGAGUGAUUACGUUAGCCAAGACACUGGAUCUGGCCAUCACAAAUUCCUACGUCUUGAAUAUCACAGUGCAAGACAAAGGAGUCCCUCAACUAAGCGCAGCAAUUUUGGUAUACAUCAACGUCACACAAACACCAAAAUCUCUCAUUGACUUUACACAGCGUCAUUAUAUCUUUUACGUCAAUGAAACCGUACACGUUUCUGAGGUCGGACGAAUAUCUGCUGUCGAUACCGGUAAUAUCACAAGCACAUACUUUUUGUACUCGUGGUUGCCAAUGAACCAAAUUCAAGGUAUUUUCCACUUAGCAGAAAACAGUGGUGUCAUUUACAUGAAUAGAACGACCAACUUUGAAUUGAAACAUCAAUAUGACUUCACAGUUCGCACUACGAAUAACUAUGGUGUCGUGGCAUACACUCAUGUGACCAUAAUUGUCAGAGAUGUCAAUGAAGCACCAUAUUUCUUAUAUACUCAAAAUGGCAUGUAUUCUUGGAAUAUUUCCGAAUCAGUCCCUGCUUAUUCUCUUGUACAUGUCGUACAUGCCGCAGAUAAUGAUACAGGGGUCAACGGCCAAUUGACUUUCAGUCUCAUACUGUCAGCCUCAGAACAGAACCUCUUUUUCAUCACUCAAGAGGGACGCAUCUACACUAAAGCGCUGCUUGAUUAUGAGACAGUUAGGCUAUACACUUUUACAGUGCAAGUUGAGGAUGGAGGAUCUCCAAAGCUGUCAGCAACAGCAAAUAUUCAACUGAUGGUACUCGAUUAUAAUGACAACCAUCCAAUCUUCGUUGCCCCUACCCCAGAGAACAUCACAGUUGCAGAGAACACUGCGAGUGGAAGCUCUGUUGGUAUGCUCAAUGCCACUGAUGCAGAUAGUGGUGUCAAUGCCCAAAUACGUUAUGUUGGGGUAUACCCCACUGGCAUUCUUACAGUCAAUGCAGCUACUGGGGCAUUACAAGUUGACAACAGUUCAUAUCUCGACUAUGAAAAGGUGCAAUCUUAUGAAUUGAUUGCUGUGGCUCAAGAUCAAGGAACACCUCAUCUUACUACUACAAAAUUGAUUCGUCUCAUCAUUACCAAUUUGAACGACAACAAUCCAUAUUUCGUCAACUCAUUCUACAACAUCUCAAUAUCUGAAGUCUCCCAGGUCGGAAGUUUGGUCCUGCCACUGCAUGCUCUGGACAAUGACCUCGGUGCUGCUGGAACUAUUGUCUCAUAUGUCAUUGCUUCUGGGGACACGAGCAAGUUCAGAAUUGACAGCAACGGAAGAAUCUAUUUGAAUGGAGCUCUCUCGUACAGCUCGCAGUCCUCAUACACACUGGUUAUUAACGCAACUGACAAUGGAACACCACAGAGAACUGCUCAAGCAACGGUUGUCAUCAGUGUUCUCCAUGUAAGCAGACAGCAACCUGUGUUUUCCCUUAGCACCUAUUACAAGACGGUAGCUGAGAAUAACAAUGUGAAUAUGAUGCUGCUUCAAGUUAACGCAACAAGUGCUGAGCCAAUCAGUGGUCCACUGGUGUAUACCAUAAUAAGUAGCAAUGUGUCUAAGUUCUUCACGAUCGACAACACGACAGGCGUGAUAAGAAGUCUGAUUAGCUUUGAUUAUGAAAAGGAAAAAUCUUAUGCUUUCACAGUACAAGUACUAGAUAGCCACAGCCAAAGAACAGGAGUAGCACAUGUAAUAAUUUAUGUGACUGAUCUGAACGACAACACACCAGUUUUCACAAACACCAAAUUAACUUAUAACAUAUCAGAAGCAACAUCAAUUGGCUCAAUGGUUCUGUCGUUAACAGCCGCUGAUAAUGAUUCUACCACAAACAGUAUGCUGCGAUAUUUUGCUGUUUCUGGAAAUGGUAUGGACAAGUUUACAGUUGAAAUGGACGGACGGGUGUAUCUGAAAAGUCCCGUUGAUUCAAAAGUGAGGAACAACUACACCAUUACUGUCAAAGUUGAAGAUAUGGGCAACCCAAAAUUGCACUCAAAUAUAACUUUGACAAUUUUCAUACAUCCAGCCAACUUGACACACCUGAGCCAGCCCGUAUUCAAUCAAACCUCUUAUACAGCGUCGGUAAAUGAAGGGAUCACGGUUAAUUCUUUGUUGAGUGUUUUUGUAACAAAUCAAGCUAUAUCUAGCUCAGUCACGUAUUCCAUUAUUGGACCUGCAUCAGAAACAAGUCCGUUCACUGUAGCUUCAGAUGGCUCUAUAAAUGUUGUAACUAGAUUGGACUACGAAGAGAAGCAAAGAUACAGUUUCACUGUAAGAGCAACCAACAGUGAAGGAAGAAGUUCAGAUGCAUUGGUAACAAUAAUAGUUCUUGAUGUAAAUGACAACAGACCUUACUUCAUGCCAACGUCAUACGUUCGAGAAAUUUCUGAAUAUUCACCAAUUGGACGGACGAUUCUUCAUUUAAUAAAAAGAGACAAUGACACUGUUGCUACAAAUGGGCCUUAUCGUUACCAGAUCAUCAGUGGUAACGAAGCUGGAAACUUCAAUGUGUCUAGCACUGGCUACAUCAUCCAGGCCAAGAUGAUUGAUUACGACACUAUGGUAGGGACAUCAUUUUCUCUUACUGUCUCAGUUUCAGAAGGAGCUCACCAAAGUAUUUCAAACGCAACUGUUACAAUCAAUAUCAGAAAUCACAACGAUCUACGCCCCGUCUUCAGUCAGGACAUUUACGUUUACAACAUCAGCGAAUCAGCUCUCCCUGGUACCUUUGUUGGCAUGCUCAAUGCAACGGACGCCGAUCGCAUAGGUCCAAGCAAUCGUAUCGUUUUUAUGCUGGUCACAACAAACAAAGAUUUUGCUUUGUCAUCGAAUGGAAACCUCACGGUGAAUAGAAGCCUUAACUACGAAAGCGUCAAAUAUUAUGAGCUUAUUGCUCUUGCCAUGGAUAUGGGAAGCCCCUCUCUAAGAACAACUGCUGUUAUCAAAAUCAAUAUCAUCGACGUGAAUGAAGAGCGACCAUACUUUAGAAUGACGUCAUAUUCAGCAAACAUAUCGGAAGCUUUCCCUGUUGGCUCUACUGCUGUUGUUGUCACUGCAAUUGACGAUGACACGGGAGUUGGAGGCCUGAUUACGUACACGCUACACGAUUCCACAAACACGUUUACAAUCGAUUCAAAUGGCAAAGUCAAAUUGUCAGGUACACUUGAUUUCGAAAGUAAGCAGAAUUACACUAUGACCGUGUCUGCUCGCGAUGGAGGAGGCAACACAGCGACAAAUAAUGCAACAGUGUACAUCACAAUAACUGAAGUGAAUGAUAAUGAGCCGAUGUUUUCGUCUUUGUACAACACUUUCAGCGUACGAGAAGAUGCCAGCAUAAAUAGCUUUAUUGGAAGGGUGUUGGCCACAGAUGCGGAUCGUGUCUACAACCAGCUUUCAUUCAGCAUUGACUCAAAUAAAGAUUCAAGCAACUUCUCAAUUCACAACAACGGUAACAUCACACUCAAUGCAGCUCUUGAUUACGAGACUGUUCGCUCUUACACAUUCCUUGCUAAAGCGACAGACAAUGGUGUCCCGAACCUUUCAGGAAAUUCUCUGAUAACAGUGAACAUAAUUGAUGUUAAUGACAACGCCCCGAUGUUUAUGACACAAUGCAACAACACAAUAUCAGAGGCAUCCCCUAUUGGAAUGAUCGUAUUAACCUGCAAAGCAAUGGACAAGGAUAGUGGUGACACACUCACCUACAGCAUCAAUGGCUCAAAUCUAUUUGCUGUUGAUAAUAAUGGUGUUAUUACAUUGACAAAGCAGCUUGAUUACAGUAGUGCGUCUGUACACAACUUAACACUUACUGCUUCAGAUGGUGUUCACCGAGCAAGUACAAAUUUGAAAAUCUUUGUUACUCAAGUGUUCAUUUGCAGACCGAUAUUCAACCAGAGUAUGUAUAACACUUCUAUCCGGGAAGAUGUGCAUAUUACAACAAGUGUUCUGACUGUUUUAGCAACAGAUCCAAGAAACAGAACUUUAACGUAUUCCAUGGAGAGUGGGGUGACUGAUUUCAAGAUAGAUCCUAACACCGGCCAUAUUACGAGUGCAAAACUUCUGGAUUAUCUUGUCAGGAAUAUGUACAUCUUUAAAGUUUACGCAAGAGCUGGCUCAGCAAUCGCUGAAAGCAUUGUCAUCAUUAAUUUGAUUGACAUCAACAACAAAGUACCAAUACCUAGUCAAAUGAAGUUUACAGUACAAAUCUCAGAGAAGGCUGCCCUGGGAGCAAUUGUGAUCGGUAUCGGAGCCACUGACCCAGAUUUGAACUCUAAACUGACGUAUAAUAUCAAGUCAGGCAACAUCUUGGACAGUUUCCGAGUGGAUAGCAAAGGGCAAAUUCUAGUCAAUAAGAACCUGAACUAUGAGCUAGUUACAAACUACAAGCUUCUAGUCGGUAUCAAUGAUGGUCUUCAUGAAACUACCGCUGAAGUUAUAAUCAAUGUAUUAGAUGUUAACGAGCCAACCACUUGUGGCCCAUGUUUGGAGUGUCCACAUGUUUCAACAUUCGACUUCAGCAAGCCUGCUUAUACCGCAGUUGUGUCUGAAAACGUGACAGCUAACUCAGUUGUUGCAACUGUCGAGCUAAAUCAAGCAGCGAAGAACAGGCUCAUUGUUGGAAAUUACUCAAUCAAAGACAGCAAAGCCUUGAUGUAUUUCAGUGUCAAUCAAACCACUGGGAGAGUCAUACUGAAAAAUGCACUUGAUGCUGCGACGCUGUUGAGCUUGAAGAAAUAUACCUUUACUGUAUACAAUCAGUUCAAAUGUAGAGAAGCUGCCACUGAAAUUAUUCUCGAUAUCCCAUUGACUGGUUGUCCAUUUGCCUUCUCACGUUACCACUAUGAGGUUACUUUACAAGAAACCUACCCUACAAGUCAGACAUUUUUGACCAUCAAAACACAGCCGUUGACAUCUUCUGCAAUUUUCUCAAUAGUUGAAGUAGCUGCAAAGUCUUUGUUCCAGAUUAACCCCUCUACAGGCGCUGUGAGUCUUCUGUCUUCACUGAACUAUGCAACGAGCACUCGACACCAGUUCACUGUCAAGGCCAACGUAACUAAUCUCAUAUCAUACGUAUCCGUUAUCGUCCAUGUGACAGAUGUAAACAAUAACUGUCCGCAAGCAUCAACCGUCAAUGGAUCCUAUUAUCAGCCAGUGCAACCAGGCUCAGUCGUUGGCCGCGUUAUAGUCAACGAUUUAGACUCGUUUAAAAACCACACAUACGCAAUAACGGCCGGAGAUACAAAUGGAAACUUCAGCAUAGAUGGCGCUGGAAUCGUCACUGCACGCACACUCAUAACAUCUACAAAUAAGCAUAUUUUCAAUCUGAUGAUAACUGUUUCCGACGGUCUAUGCUCUAAGAUAGUUCCAAUGGUUGUUAUUGUGAUGAAAGAUAUACCGCCUCCAUGCCCAUCUCCGCCAUCUUGCUACAACUACACAUGUGCUCCUUGUCCUACAACACAGCCGAUUACAAAGUGCCCAGAUAAAUUCUGUCCUGGUUGUCCGAUAUGCCCAACAACAAGAUCUCCAUGCCCUACUACUGCUACCACAACGUCAUGUCCUGUCAAGACUUGUCCAACGUGUCCAGUCACAUGCUCUGCAACGGUCACAUGUCCUGUUUGUCCGACAUUGCAUUGUCCCUCGUGUCGUGCGUUCACCACCUACAUAUUUAAACAACCGUAUUACACAAUAGAUGUAUAUGAGAACCGAACUACACCAUCAAACUUGCUGACUGUUACCAUCAAUGGAGGUUACACUGUGAACUAUACAAUUGUUGAGCCAAGUGCCCGAAAAAUGUUCCAUAUCGAUUCGACUUCAGGAAAGAUCUCGUUGAUAGUUCCAUUGAAUUACACGCAGCAGAAGAUGCACCGGUUUACUGUCAGAGCUACAGUAGGUAGCGAGUACUCGGAUGCAGUUGUUGUAGUGAAUGUACUCGAUGUUAACAACAACUGUCCGGUGUUCAGCCAAAGCGAGGUCUAUUCAAGAUUGACAACUCCAGUUGAAAGUGGUACUAUCAUAGCAAUCAAUAAAGCGAAUGAUGCCGACAGUGCUCCGGCACUUUCGUACAGCAUCACUGCAGGAGAUACAGGAGAUGAUUUCUCAAUCGAUAACAUGGGAGUGAUUCGAACAAAGAAGCGUGUUGUAAUCGCAGGCUCAAAAACCUUCAACCUGACUCUCUCUGUCACGGAUGGUGUUUGUACAGCGCAGUCUAAAGCAGUUAUUAUCAUUCAUCUUGAUACUAUGUUCACUGUUACACCGUCCAAAUGCCCAGUCUAUUGUCCAGCUUGCCCUGUUUGUACUGGUGUACCAGUUGUGACUACCUCUGCUCCUGUAACAUGUCCAGUAACUUGCCCAACCUGCCUGGCACCAUCCAACUACAUGUUUAGUAGGGCUCAGUAUGUCAGAACACUUCUUGAGAAUACCACAUAUUCAAGUGCCAUUCUCCAAGUGCGUCUUGUUAGUGGAUCUGCUGCUGUUAACUAUAGUAUUGUACAAGCAGAUGCUUUGGAAUACUUCCGGGUCAACAGGACAACAGGUGAAAUCUUCCUUGUGAAGGAACUCGACUUUGAGACAGCCAAGCGCCAUCUUUUCAAUGUGAGGGCAGAGUUCGCUGGUGGAGUCUUUGGCAAUGUAUCCAUCGAUAUUUAUGUCCAAGACAUUAAUGACAAUCACCCAUACUUCAUCACUGCAACAUACGCUGUCCAGAUUCAUGAAUACACGAUUUCUGGUGCCACCGUUGUCCAUGUUCUGGCUGGAGACCGUGACACUGUGAGCACUCUAACUAUGGCGAUCGACAGUGGAAAUACGAACAGCUUGUUUACAAUCAACCCAAGCAAUGGAGUAAUCACUUUGGCCGCUUCCCCUUACCUCUACACGCAGAAUACCUACACCCUUCGCAUCAGUUUGGCCGACAACGGAGGCUUACAGGCUGGUAUCCAGGCAACAGUGACUGUCACUAUCGUGAGAAUAACGGCAGCAAAAGCAGGCUGUAAGCUUUUUGGUGCGUCAUCCUAUAUCACUGGGACAUUGGCCGAGAAUGUAGCUGUAGGGGCAACUGUUGUCUCUUUGACUGGUACACCAGUGUCUUCUAACAGAAAUAUCUUAUAUUCAAUUGGUAAUCCAGAAGGUAAUGCAUACUUCCAAAUCAAUGCGACCGGAGUAAUAACGACGAAAGUCUCAUUGGACUAUGAGAAAAUGACGUCACACAUUAUUGUCGUCAAUGCCCAAGACCAAGUGACUGGUAUAACCAGCAUUGCAUUUGUCGUAGUCAAUGUGACAGACGUCAAUGACAAUUCACUGGUUGUCACUGGCCCAUCUCAAGUAACUGUGUCAGAACUGGCAAGCAGCGGCUCAUACGUCACAACAAUCCGAGCGACAGAUAACGACGCUGGUACCAGCAUUUCUUAUUCUAUUAGUUCAGGCAAUGCCAAUGGGUUGUUUUUCAUCGACCCUGUGACGGGUAUCAUCACCCUGAACCAAAGUUUAAACCACGAUUCGGCACAAUCUCACAGCCUAACAGCUUGUGCACGAGACUCGAACACGGGAAGUCAAGCUUGUCAUUCGUUCACCAUUGCGGUUGGAAACGAAAACAACAAACAGACUGUAUUUGCCAGUAAGGUUUACACUGCCAGUGUACCUUUGAAUACCAGCAUUGGAACAAUAGUUACUACAAUAUCAGCAACUGAUCCUGACGGCAUGGGAGCUGUUAAGUACAGUCUUGAUGGAGCCGUUGCGAAUGAAUAUUUUGACGUCAACGUUACAACUGGAGUGGUCACAUUGAAAAAGUCCUUAUCAGGUGCUGGCUUAUCGUCGCCCAUUGUGAUCACCGCCUGUGCAACAGAUGCUGCGAAUCCGGCAACAACAUCUUGUGUCCCUGUUGUAUUUGAUACAGGUUCUUCUGUUAUCAUCCAGCCAAAUAACUAUCGCCCAUACUUUAUACAUCAAUCAUACAGCGCCGUAAUUAACGAGAAUGCCACACUUGGAUCCAUUGUUCUCAUUAUUGCUGCAGCAGAUAACGAUACUGGUGCAUCCGGUGUUAUCCAUUAUAAUCAGUUGCAGGGAGCUAACGCCGACUAUUUUGCAGUGGACGGUAGAACGGGAAUAAUCACAAACGUGAAAUCGCUAAACACGUCAUCAGCGCCAAAAGUUUUCUUCUUGACAGUAACUGCUCGAGACCACGGCACGCCUGCCAAAACUUCAUUGCUCGCAGCUAACAUCACUAUUGCCGUUCUUCAUCCCCAGUAUAACAACAAUUCAAUCACGACAGUAACCGCACUUACAAUGCAGAUUUCUUUAACAAAGGACCCAUUUGAAGACUCAAAGAUAAUCAAGUAUGAAAUUGUUGCUCAACAGUACGAGGCGUCAGCGACCAAUUUCAAUGAAUUGACAGGAAUGCACACAGUUUCGUGGUACCAGGUUCAUUACAUACCAAAUACAUUCCGGUAUCGAAGAUACGUCAUUGCAACGAUUAUCAAAACAAACUCAAAGCGAAAAAGAAGAGCUAUUCAAGAGACGUCAAACAGAGUCAACUUUGAUGUGGGUACUGAGAAGAACUGCCAAAGUAAAACAUUAGAAAGCGAUAUCUGCAAUGGACCUUUGCUACCAGGAAGGUUUUACAGAUUUCAACUGGUGGGCUACUAUGUCAACAACCAACCUGUAUCUGGCGCAUUUACCGAGCCGAAAGCGACAACUUUGGCAUCCGUUUCAACUCAAACCGGUGUCGGAAACAGUGCUUACGUUGCAACGUACUGGAUCAUUGGACUCGUCGUAUUGUCCUUGAUGUUCUUCAUGGCUGUAUUGGUCAUCGUCAUAAUUUUCUGCUUCAAGCGAAAGUACAGGCACUAUGACUUCACUGCAAAAUCAUUUAUCAACCCAAUGUAUACACAAACGAAAAAAGUUUCAGAUACAGAAAACUUGAACUUUUAUGCAAGUGACACCACAGAUGGCUAUGCCGUAGCUGGUACCCUGAAAGAAGAAAGACCAAAGAGCAACCCAGUUAAUCCAGAAGAAUUUGAAAUGAUUGACCAGCAGCCAAUCACGUCAGAGCUUGGAAUUACCAAUACAUUUACAAGUAACCUUGGAACUACCAAUACAUUUACAAAUUACGAGACGAUAUCAAAUAAUAUCACCUUUGAGGAGGAGAACCCUGAAUGGGUCUCUAUGGAUAUCAGCUUGAAGGUUGAUCCUUCCGGAAAAACUGACCCUGUUAUCAUCACGAAGGGCGAAAGAACAUCUGACAGCGGCAGCCGAAAAAAGGGUUCGGUUUCUUCAUCUGGAAGUGAUGGACAUCAACCUCAGCAUCCACAAAGAGAUUAUGAUGAAGUCCCAUUAUCAACUACACCUGUGAAAAUUUCUGUUCUCUCUGAUGAAGAUGAUGGGUAUGAUGAUGUAGAAGGGAUAACGAAGUUAUAAAUGGAUUUGCGAUGAGAAAAGCUUUAGAGAGUCUUUCAGUGAUCUGACGAAUCGCAUCUGCAGGUCUAAAAGCCCAAAGUAAAUGACACAUUUGAAUUUUUUAGCAAGUAUUGAAUAUAAUAGUAGUUUUGUAGAAGUUUUUUAUUUUUUGUUCCCAGAGAGACUUAUCAACGUUGGGAAAUUUUCUUAUUUGAGAAUUCUGUAUUUAUGUAACACAUAUAGCGAUGCCAAGACUGCUUGUUAAGAGUCGUUUUAGAGACUGAAGCAAGUGUAAAAAAAAUCCUUUAGUUUACUUUUGGUUUGAUAUAUCGAUAAUCAAAUUUAUUUAUAAAUGCAUUAAUACAAUUAUAACUCUUAGCCAUUGAUUUGUACUUUCUUUAUGAAUGCCAUGAAUGCCAUAAAUUUUAAGUAGCGAAUCUUCUGACUCCCUUAGCUUUUUCACAAUUCUUUAAAUAAAAUUAUUAGUUUUCUGAUAUUGGUGAGGCUUGGAUGGCCAUUCAAAACCUCAGUACCUUCAGAUAUGAGCAAUCAUGAGAUUUGCAUCAUCAGCUGAAGAUUUUAAUAAGACUAAACGUUAGACUAAACGUUAUACUGACAGAAGAAUUUUAGCUUUUUUGCAAGAAUUUUGCAACUAUAAUUAUUAUAAUCAUAAUUGGUAAAGUGGUUUUUGUAAUACAUUUUUGCUUUGCUAUAUAUUUAAACAGCACAUAUCAAUAAAUUUUGUUACAACUAUUUUUGUAAUUCGAAAUAUGUUGUAUUUGCAUUCAGUAAGUCUUUUUCAGGA